AUGGCACUACCUUCCCGCGAAGAUAUCGAAUUCAAGACCCUCAGCGGCAUCACGUUGCGCGGCUGGCUGUACCCAGCCGCGAAGCGCGGACCUGCAAUCAUCCUUUCAGCAGGAUUCAACAUGCCUAAGGAUGUAGUCGUACCUGAUAUUGCCGAAUGGUAUCAAAAACGUGGGUUCACAGCACUCAUCUUUGACACAUUCGGCAUUGGCGCUAGCGACGGUGAGCCCAGACAUGAGAGCGACAUGCAAAGGCGGAUUGACGACUUCAUCGACUCGGUCACAUGGCUUUCCCAGCAGCCUCUCGUAGAUCCGAAAAAGAUUGCGGUUUGGGGUCUUUGUUUUGACGGCAACAUCAUGCUCGCGACCGCGGCCCACGACCGGCGGAUCGCCGCCGUCGUAGCGGUCGCUCCCAUGAUCGAUGUCACUGGGGACCCAGAACGCAGGGAAGCCAUCUUCGAACUUGGGCUAGAAGACCGCGCUGCCCAGCUAGCUGGUGAGGAGCCCAUGUACCUGCCCUUAGUCGAUGAGGAUGGCAAUACGCCGCUCGGUCAAUUUUUGGGCAACUUCUUCACGACAAUGGACAGCAUGAAGAUGCCCAUUGAAAACCGUGUCACGGUCCAUACCUACAUGCGAUGCCUUACUUGGAACAUCCUGCACCUUUUGCCAAAGAUCAGCCCAACACCAGUCAUUAUGGUGACGCCUGAGCUAGACCAGGUUUUCCCCGCGGAGAGGCAGAAGGAGGCGUUUGACAUGCUGCGUGAGCCGAAGGAACAUCAUCUCAUUGUUGGGAAGAACCACUUUGAUUGGAUGUUUGGGGAUAUGGAUGCUGUGUUUGACAAGCACCUUAACUUUUUAAAGAAGCACCUGUCGCUUUGA